AUGGUUGGUGCAGAUAAACAAAGACAUGACUACUUCAUUGUUAAAGUGUUGUGCAACAGGACAAUGUUAAGGACUAUUGUAAAGAUGGGCAGACUACCAUUCACCAAUCAUUUGAUAUACAAGUACGACCGAUUGUUAGAUGCACACAAGUUGUUGAUGAACCCACAUUGGCACUAUUUCUUUGUCGAACGACUUCUGCGACAAGGCGGCCGCCACUCCAUGCAUAACAUGAAUCGCGACUGCUUGGAGAAGAUCAUCGAGACCAUGCCCCUGGCUGUGUUCCAACGAGUCAGUGACACAAACAAACACAUGAUACACUAUUGGGACAAACAAAUGAAGUCGAUCGCUGCCAGAAAUGGACGACUCGAUAUCUAUCAACACCUCCAGACACUCUCUAAAGACUAUCCAUGCAUCUCGAGAGGUCACCCAUAUCGUUUCGACGACGAUCUACUGUGGGCACUAAUUCAUGGCCGACUGGCAAUGUUUGAAUAUCUAAUGCCAAGCGAACCAUCAGAUUACAUGGCCAAGAGGAUUCAAUCAUGGUCGGAUCAUUACACCUAUUAUGAAUUGGUGGUAUCAGACACCUCAUACGAUCUGGAGCAGAUGGCCAAGAUACUCAAGAUGUUGAUAAAACUAUGUCAUCACAUUGAGACUACCUUCCGUCCAACCAUCGAUGGUACUGAUGUACUCCAUGGCCCAGACACGCAUCCAACUGAUCCAGCACAGUUGGAGCAAUCAUUCAAAUUCCUGAUCAAGGUGCUACAACUCUAUGGCCAUCCUACACCUCAAGUUCAUAAACUAUUCCCUUGGUGCCAUGAUAUACUCAACAAAGCUGGUGUGAUCUUCCUCAACAUCUAUGUGAUCCUAUGCCAUUACGAGAAGCCACAGCUCAAGUCACAUAUCAGGAAGGGAAUAUUCAUGAAUGUUCUUCCUGCUGAGACAUUCAAUCAAACAUACUUAAGGAUGUUCAUUCGGUACUUCCUCUCUAAUGAUAUGAAGACAGAUGGACUGAUGCUUGGCCUUGCGACAGUGUGCACAUUCGGUACUCUGGAGAUGGUCAAGAUUGCUCACUAUACUGUGUCACGCUCACGCCAUAGAGGCUCACCAAAUGGCAACAACAUCCAUCUGGACUGUGUUUAUCCACGAUCGAUUGAUGUAAUGGAGUAUAUUCAUCAGCACAAUUUACACCCAAUGGAUAACUUGGAAACACUCAAUUUCAUUGUUUCAUUGGCUAUCCCAGACAUGCUAAGAUCAUAUCUUGCAUUGUAUCCUCAUAUACUCACACUUGAUGACAUUGUCCAUGAAUUGGAUAUUAAUCAUCUUGAACGAUAUGAUAUUGACAGGUCCAUUGCCAUCAAAUCAAUUAUACAAGCCGAGUAUGAUAGAGCUCAACGUUCUGAGACAAUCCAAUGUCUCAACACACGUGUUGGGGAGUUAACACUUGAAAAUGUCCAAUCAUUCUCAAACCACGCGUUGAAGGCAAUGUCUUUUGUACCAUCCGAGGAAUAUGAUGUGGACCCUGGUGUGAUCAGAUAUCUCCUCUCUCAAGCACCCAUUGCUGGCUUUGACAAGAAGAAGGUCAUGUCACUCCUGGAAUCAGCAUGUUCAAUUGAUCUACGAGAUUGUGUUAUGUUACUCGACUUGCCCAAUGAUGUCUUUGAACAGAUACGAUCAGACCAAUCAACACAAUUAUCUCUCAAGACAUGGGAUUGGGUUGGAUACGAGGACAUAGCCACACUGGACACCUUGGUUGCCUUGCAAGCACCAAACAACAUUGAGAAAGCAGAAGUGUUCAACCGAGCACUCUUAUGCUUAACAAGAAUUGAUCGAGAAUGUCCAAUCCAGAUGGUCUAA